AAGAAGUCUAAGAAGGAUGAAGAUGAAGUGGUCAUUCCACUGGACGAGUUAUCACCCAUAGCCAGGCCACUGGCGCAGAAGAAGCUGCUCAAAAAACUGCACAAGACGAUCAAGCGAGCGUCUAAGCAACGGCAGGUCAAGCGAGGCGUGAAGGAAGUCGUGAAGGGCAUCCGUAAGGGCGAGAGAGGGUUACUCGUGCUUGCUGCUGACAUCACCCCCAUCGACAUCAUAUCACACCUACCCGUUCUUAGUGAAGAUGCGCAGAUACCCUACGUCUUCGUACCCUCAAAAGAAGAGCUAGGCCAUUCCAGUUCGACAAAGCGACCGACAAGUUGUGUCAUGGUGUGUCCGGACCAGAAGAAGAAGGUCAAGCGGAAGGAGGGCGAGGACGCGAAGGAGAAGGAGGUCGAGGAUUAUAAGGAGCUGUAUGAGGAGUGCCUGAAGGAGGUGCAAAAGAUGGAUACGCAGGUUGCUUUCCAGUGA